AUGAAUAAGCAAGUAGUUUUCCCGCAUGGUUUUCCUCGUCAAGGGGAAAUUUACAAGGUUUAUUUUUCCAAAAAAGGCAAAGAAAUUGGGAAAAUUCGUCCGGCUAUGGUAAUUAGUAAUAACAUCCAAAAUGAAUUUGAUGACCAGAUAGUUGUAGCCCCCUUAACCUCGGAAAUUGAAGAAGUAAAAAAAGAACGCCCCUUCACCGUUUUAAUUACCAAAAAUAAGCAAAAUGGUUUAGAGAAAGACAGCAAAAUUUUACUGAAUAGAGUUCAGACCAUUGACAUAAAAUUGCGACUGCGAGGUUAUGUUGGUUAUACUGGUUUGGAAAUAAUAGCACAAAUUCAAGAAGCAUUAAAAGUGGUUUUUAAUAUGAAUGAACCUAUUAUCUAUACAAAACCAAGAAUAUUUUACGUUGGAAUUUCCAAAAAAAAUGGGGACUAUUGA